GCGGCUCGUCCGACGGCGCGGUGUUCGCUUCGGGCCGUGUGUUCCGUCGCAGUUUCGGCAAUUCGGCGCACCGGACGCGCCGAGGAGGAGAAAGGAGGAUCCGACCGUCGUUCCGGCGGGACCUGUCAGUCGCGAGAAGGGCACCUCGUUCGCCCUUCGGGUUGUCGUGAGUUACGAAGGGCGCGCGCCGACGUCAUCCCUCUUUCUCUCUCUCUCUCCCCCCCUCCCGCCGCCUCCUGCCGUCUCUUUUCCUCUUGCGCGUUUUCUCUCUCUUCCUCUCUCCCGCCACCCGUCCCCGUCGCACCGCCGGAAGAUGUUGGGCCUGGUUUGCCGUCAGGCGAAUUUGCUGGCGAGUACCCAAAAAGUCGGCACCAGAUACCUGGGAUCGAUAGUUCCGACGUCGAGUCCGCCGGACUUUCCGUUGGAAAAUGAGCCCGUUCUCAGCUAUAACAAGGGCAGCCCGGAAAGAGCGGAGCUGGAGAAGGUCCUGGAUAAGAUGAGCGGCGAGUGCGAGGAAGUGCCGUUGGUUAUCGGCGACGAGGAGAUCAAGACCGAUCUGUGCAGAUAUCAAGUUAUGCCGCACAAUCACAAGGAGAAGGUCGCCAAGUAUUAUUGGGCGACACCGGAGCUCGUGAGGAAGGCAAUCGACGUCGCGGUGAAGGCGCAACGAGAAUGGGAGAGGUGGCCGAUCGAGAAACGGCUCGAGAUGUGGUUGAGGAUAGCGGAUCUGAUGGCUGGCAAGUACAGGCAACGCCUUAACGCCGCCACCAUGCUCGGCCAGAGCAAGACCGUGAUCCAGGCGGAGAUCGAUAGCGCGGCGGAGCUGAUCGACUUUUUCAAGAUGCACGCGUAUUUCGUCAAGGAGAGCCUCAAGUACCAGCCGAUCUCGCCGAAUCAGCAGACCCGCAACUCGAUGAGGUAUCGCGGCAUGGACGGUUUCGUCGCGGCGGUGUCGCCCUUCAACUUCACCGCCAUCGGCGGUAAUCUCAGCUACACGCCGGCACUGAUGGGUAACGCCGUGCUCUGGAAGCCGUCCGACACCGCGUUACUAUCCAACUGGUGGAUCUUUAAGAUAUGCAGAGAGGCCGGGGUGCCGCCCGGCGUGGUGAAUUUCAUUCCCUGCGAGGGGCCCGUGUUUGGCGAUACCAUCACGUCCUCGCCUCACUUCUCCGGGCUCAACUUCACCGGCUCGGUGCCGACGUUUAACCGCCUGUGGGCCCAGGUCGGGCAGAAUCUCUCCAAGUACAAGAACUACCCGAAAUUAAUCGGCGAGUGCGGCGGCAAGAAUUAUCACUUCGUUCACCCGAGUGCCGACGUGGAGACGGUCGUUUAUGGGACGAUAAGGAGCGCGUUCGAGUUCAACGGACAGAAGUGCUCCGCUUGCAGUAGAAUGUACGUGCCGGAGUCUCUGUGGGGCAAGGUGAAAGACGGCCUCUUAGCCCUUCGUCAAAAACUCACAGUCGGUGACGUUCGGGACUUCACCGUAUUCACCGGCGCCGUUAUAGACGCCGUCGCGUUCAAACGGAUCUCCGGUUACAUCGAGUACGCGAAGAAAUCGCCCAAGAUGGAAAUUCUCGGCGGUGGCGGCUACGACGAUUCACGCGGGUACUUCAUCGAGCCGACAAUAGUACAAUCCAAAGAUCCGAAGGAGAAACUCAUGACGGAAGAGAUAUUCGGCCCGGUACUAACGAUAUACGUUUACAAGGAUUCCGAGCUGGACGAGACGGUGAAGCUGGUGGAGACGUCCACGCCUUACGCUUUAACAGGCGCGAUAUUCGCGCAAGAUGAAAAGUGGGCGAGGAAGGCACUCGAGGAUUUUAAGUAUACUGCCGGUAAUUUUUACGUCAAUGACAAAUCCACCGGAUCGGUGGUCGGCCAACAGCCGUUCGGCGGCAGUCGAAUGUCCGGUACAAAUGACAAAGCCGGCGGUCCUCACUACGCUCUUCGCUGGGCGUCUCCGCAGGCUAUUAAGGAGACCUUCGCACCCAUACGGGAAUAUGAUUAUCCGUACAUGAGAGCCUAAACGUGGGCCGCUCGUUGUUAAUUCGGCGUGAUUAAUCCAAUAAUUUCGAUUGCCCGACAGUCGUGCGUCACAAACCGAGAUACGCUUAUAUUUACGAUAUCUGAUCGGGAAAGAAAUUGGGACAAUAUACGGCGGCGUUACUAAGCCAUGCUGCUUUAACUCGAACAAGAAAUCGUCGUUCAGUCCACCACCAAAAUGAGGUAUUACGGAAACACAUAGGAAAUUAAUGGACUUGUAAGAAUAUCACUCUUAAAUUAAGCUCCAGCGUACUCAGGAUCGACAGGAAAAAGCUCGAAAUUUCAAUUGUAGAAACGAACGCGAUAAAAUAAACGAAUAAGACAUUUUUUUUUAAGAUAAAAACUUCACCCGAUUAAGAUUCUUGUCCCACGGUAUAAUGUUCUUAAUUCGCUCCCUGAUCACGUAAUUAGAUGGAAUUAUUUAGAGAAUAUAUAAUUUAACGGAACAACAAAAAGUAUUGUAUACCGUGUGAUAAGGUUCUAUAAUGCCGAGUUAAUUCAACGUGCAGAGAUUGAGGAAAGAGAUUUCGCGUAGGAGUCUCUCGGUAGACAGCAUAGUAAGUUCGCGGGCGCAAAUUUGCGAUGCACACAAUAGAGACACGACUAGAUUCCUAGAUGAAUCCAAACGCUAAAGGGAGGAAGGUCGAGCUCGCAGCAAGUGCACCCUUAUCGCCUUCGAAUGUUCCGUUGACAUCGCCUCGCGACGAAUAGGGGAUCCUCCCGUGAUCGAUCCUGUUAGCCACAGACGUUGCUGUCGUGAGCCGUCAGACACGCUGUCUCGAUUACUCGCCGCCAGUACAUUACCAAAGUAUUAUCCGAUGUGCAUUUCGGAGACGUGUGAUCUCAUCACCGUGUGCCCGAUGUAUCCUCUCUCCCUCUCUCAGUACAAUAACACUUUUAUAACUCAGGUAUCGCAUCAGGCCGAUCGUGGAGGAAACGCGAGCGGAGCGACGCGUUUCUCGCGGUGCGCGACCGCGAGAAAGGGGUGUCCUCAGUCUCAUCGAGUCACAUCCGCGAUAGCAAAUAACGUUCACCGCGCCAUUGUCAACAAGUGUCCUCAAUGUCGACGGAGUAGAGUUAAACAUUGUUAAUGUAAUCAAUAAAGCUUCAGCUUGGACCCCGUUUUCAGGUGCGAUAUUACGUUGUGAAUGAUGGAUUUCUUUUCUUUUUUUUUUUUACUACUAGGGAGAUUGUAAUGGGUAACGCAGUUUCGGUGACUCGCAGUUCCUUUCUAAUGUGUACUUUGUAAGAUUGUAUAUGCGGGAGACGCGAACCUCUGUAAUAAUUGAGGUGUCAAAUAUUUAUACAUAUACCCAGAUCUUUGAUCAUCGAUCGUCCUAUAAUAUUGUUGAUAAUGUGACUGAGACGGGAUGUUUCGAGAGUCGAUAGGCGAUCGCCGAGGAUGUAAUAAUUGACAAUAUGUUAUAUAUUGUGGCAAGUGUUACAGCGUUAUUUAAGUGUACGAUAGCAAUAAAGCAAACAUAAAUCGAUGUCGUCUUUGCGUAUGAAUGUCGCCUCGUAUUUUGCCGACGUGAGACGCUUUUUGAAAUAACGGAUGUGACGUCAGAGGCGCCUGCCCGAGGGUUUCCAAUUGGCUGCGUUCAGCUGAGAACACUGUUGAGCGUUUUGUGCCGAUUCGAGUGCACUUUUAAAUCUGCGUUGUGAUCGUGCAUCACGAUUGUGAAAAUGGCAACGCUGAUGUCCAUUUCUACCGAUGCAGAUCAACUUUGAUCUCGGUUUAAGGGGGCAUAUACCUUUCUCGGCUUUAAAAAAAUCGAUUUUUCAUUACAUAUUUCGAAAGAACGUUUCAGGAAUGUAAAUCCAAAACCGUCCGACGGGCCGUUUCGGAGCAACGCGCAGAUAGUAGCAUCGGACCCUUUUACAACUGAUCCUUUCAUUGUGAUUCAAAUAAAACUUGGUCUUUAUGUA